CACACUCAGGCAGCAUCCUCCCCUCUCCACUUCUACCUUCACACUCACCUCUUCGCGCCUCCCUCUCCACUCCUCUCGCUUCCUUCCUCUCCGUCACCUACUAACACAUAUCAUCUCUGGCAUCUCCCCGUCUGCUGUCUCCCUCUCCACCACCACUUCCACCACCACCACCAUCACCACCAUUUCUCCCUCCUUCUCACACUCUCAACCUUGCCGCCUUGUGCAAACUCACGCGUGCACACACUCAUGCUGAUUGGCACCCAAGGACAGAGCACCCUCUCUUCUGUACCAGCGACCAGGCGGUUUGCUCGUGUGGCCAGGCUUCUUGACACUGAGCUCAGCUGAGGAAGAGGACGAGGAAGAGGCCAUGGAGCACAGCCACAUCUUCCCUGUUUUUUCCCCAAAUGGUAGCACCUGGAGCCCAGGGCAGCAUCCCUCUGAGUUUGCCCAGGGAUGCCCCCUCGGACCGCUGCCUGUCAUCUACUACAGCGUCCUGCUCUGUCUCGGCCUGCCAGCUAACAUCCUGACAGUGGUCAUCCUGUCCCAGCUGGUGCUGCGACGUCAGAAGUCCUCCUACAACUAUCUCCUGGCUCUGGCAGCCGCCGACAUCCUGGUCCUGCUCCUCAUUGUUUUUGUCGACUUCAUAUUGGAGGAUUUUAUUUUGGCCACGCCGCUACCUCCGUCACUGAACAACGCAGUGCAGGUUCUGGAGUUCUCCUCCAUCCACACCUCCAUCUGGAUCACUGUGCCUCUCACCAUUGACCGUUACAUCGCUGUUUGCCACCCGCUGCGCUACCACACAGUCUCCUACCCGGCCCGCACACGAAGGGUGAUAUUUGCUGUGUAUAUUGGGUGCCUGCUCUCUGCAGCUCCUUAUUACUGGUGGCCUGAGCUGUGGCACAGCCUGCCUGGGUUGAGCAAUGGUGGCGGAGGAGGAGGGGAGGGCAACAGGAGAACUGUGGCACAGCAUGUUCUAGUGUGGGCCCACUGUGCCACCGUCUACCUCCUCCCUUGCACCGUCUUCUUCUCCCUCAACACUGUCAUCGUUCGCAAGCUGCGCAGACGCCGCAGCUGUUUCCGUCUGCGCGGCUACUCCACCGGCAAGACCACCGCCAUCCUCCUCGCCAUCACUUCCAUUUUCGCUGUUUUGUGGGCGCCACGUACCCUCAUGAUCCUCUACCACUUCUACUCCCCACCUCCAGCCUCACAAGGUGCCGGCCGACUGCUCCACGCGCUCACCGAUCUGGCAAACAUGCUAGCAUUACUUAACACCGGGGUCAACUUCUUCCUCUACUGCUUCAUAAGCAAGCGUUUCCGGGGCAUGGCAGCCAACGUGCUGCGCGCCCUGGUCCACUGCCGCAAGCAGCCGCCGCCAUUCUACGCUAGCCACAACUUUUCCAUCACAAGCAGCCCCUGGAUCUCACCAGCCAACUCUCACUGCAUCAAGAUGUUGGUGUACCAGUAUGACAAAAAUGGGAAGCCAAUCUGUAUUUCCUCUUGAGUCCUCAGCCACCAGCAGCCGCCCCCACCCUCAGUUGUUGGGGAACAUAUUCAGGCAUUGUCUCCUUGGUGACCAGCUUUGCCCGCAUGGGACUCUUUGAGGCUUGAAAAUGUCAACACGCCCGGAGAGCACAGAGGGGACAGUUUAGCUAGCUUUGAGCGAUAACAAAGUGGUUGGCUAGCAAGGUGGAAAAGCAAACAGCAGAUGCGUGCUUGACAGAAAACAGCCUCUCAUGUUCAAUAAAGUAUUCACAAAGCAGCAACCAGCAUCAAAUAGAUGUUGUUUCCUCCAUGCAAAAAAAACAAACAAAAAAAAACUGUAAAGACUGUGACUCACAGACUGAUAAAAGGAUAUCACCACCAUCUAUCACUUGACUAUGAGCCACAGCACUAAAGAAUAAACUGACAGUUAGACGAAUCCUCGGUGAAGCUUCAAAAGCUCAGAGACAUUGAUUUCUUUAUGGGCGCUCUCUGUUGCACACUGCCGCCAACAGUGUGAGGAGCUUUGAACAGCUGCGUCUUUGUCCGCUGGGAGCUGUUUCCAGAAAGCAGAGAUAUCCAUUCUGAGAGUCUGGGCGCUGAACAUCUCACCUCAAGGGGUGAUUUCACUCAGGCAGAGCCACCGACGGUUCUGGCUGUCUCUCAAGCAAUGUUAAAACAGCGCUGUCAUUUAAACUUUAAUAUGCAGGGGAGUCUCAAAGGCAUGUUAAUAUGGGCUUUUUUUUUUUAAGAACGAACAGCCCUCCUUGACUUUCCUUGUAUGUGUGCCACGUUCAUCCUAGCAGUGCAGGUCACCUACAAGUCGGCGCUCGCUAUGGAAGUUAGACCACAGAUUGUCGUAGGAUGAGUAGACUCUGCUUAUUGUUGGUUAAAUAUUUAUUAAUGGUAGACUUGACUGUUAUUGUAGCUUGGCAAAAAUACAAGACAAAAAAUAUGACUUGGGGUCAGAGCCAAGAUGUCAUUAAUCACAUUUCCAAUAUUAGGAAGAGGAAAUUUCUGCUAUUAGUAGAUAGUCCUCUAUUAACUAUUAAUGGUCUUUGGUGACUUACUGUUAGCCAUUAUCUGGAUGAAUAUAAUGAAUGUAACUGAACAGCUCUUUAACCCUUUAGCUUUUGGAGAGACUGAGAGAGAGAGAGACAGAGAGGACAGGAAAAUCAUCUGUCCUUCCCUUCGGUUUGUUGUCCCUCAUCCAAGGUUUUCAGUCCCAUGAUGCAGCAGUGAAUUUGGUCUCAGGGCCACGGUGACACAUUUCAGCUCGGCUCAUUCUGCUGCUGGCUGAUGGCAAUUCAGUAAUAUUUUACACUGAAACACAGUCACGUACAUCAACUCUGUCUCAGUGCUGCCCGAGUCCUGCCCGGUAACAAACCAUAAAUGUUAACACACAUACACACACACACACACACACACACACACACACACACCACGCUCUAUAUUGCCCACAGAAACAGCACAUUGAGAUCAAUGCACAUCCAUUCUGCAGACACCUUGGGGCAUUAGCAGUGUUCAUCUAUCUUGCGAGGAUGGAGCUGUGCCAAAGGGCAGAUUUCUGUUAAUACCUGCCCGGAGAUAUCAGACACAUCAGACCUUGUUUUAAUGGAUAAGGCUUUAAAUCUGAUGAAUGUCGGAUGUGUCUCUUGCAGCUGAUAAAGUCGUGCCCUCCAAACUCUUGUUCAACACUCAAACGUCUGAGACACUUCGGGGGGUUGACUGCAAGUGUGUCAUUGCUCUUUCUCUCACCAUAGCGACUGUUAAAACAAAAACUGGCAGCUGAAAAUCAGGGUUUCAUAGUUUGGGCUAUUUUUCAAAUCGGUUAUCAUAACAUUUAAUCAGCUUCAGUGCUGAGAUGUGUGGACAGGUCGACUCAACAAGCCAAGUCCAUUAGGAGUGAUCAGCGUACCUUCCAACCUUGAGACCUCAAAAAUAGGAAGGAUUUCAAAUCCAAAGUUGUCUGAGGAUCCUCUCCCAGAAAAAUCUCAGAGACUUGAUGUCCUGCAUUCUCGUGACUUUUAAUCAGACAAUGAUCGUAACAAUUAACGCAAAUUCAGCCAAUCCCUGUGAAUUCUGCGCAACCUUGCAUUUUUAUCCAGACACCUCAAAAUUACCACAAAUUAGAA